UCUGUAUUGAUGGACUGCUACUUGAUGAAAUUUCUCAGCAAGUUCUAUUUCCCUAGAUACGUAUUUGAUCUUCUCAGCCGCCGCUCAAUUUUCUGAAAACCAAACGCACAGUGAUUUACUUGAUAAUAUUCCCCAAAUGAAAGCAUCUAACAUAAUCUCGGAAUAAACUAAACACCAAAAGCUCUGGCAGUGAGUAACAUGGCUUCCUCUGCAAUUAUCCCAAACCCAACUUCUUUCAUUAAGAAGAAGAAUCCUGGUUCUUCAACUUCACAAUGUUCUGUUAACAAAUGCAAGAGCUUCAAGAAAAUUGUAUCAGUUAUAACACCUCAGCAAUCAGAACGCAGGCCUGCCACCACUGGCUUGGUAAAAACUGCAAUGACAUUGACUGAGAAGAUACUGGCACGAGCUUCAGAGAAACCUCAGUUGGUCCCAGGAGAGAAUGCAUGGGUUAAUGUUGAUACAUUGAUGAUCCAUGAUAUUUGUGGCCAUGGCUCCUUUGAUAUCUUCAAGAAAGAAUUUGGCACAGAUGCUAGGGUUUGGGACCGUGAAAAGAUUGUAAUCAUACCUGACCAUUAUAUAUUCACAAGUGAUGAGCGCGCAAAUCGUAAUGUGGAUAUCUUGAGAGAUUUCUCUGUGGAGCAAAAGAUCAAGUACUUCUAUGAUAUUACAGAUCUUAGUAAUUUUAAGGCUAAUCCUGAUUACAAAGGUGUAUGUCAUGUUGCGCUUGCCCAAGAAGGCCAUUGCCGGCCAGGAGAGGUCUUGUUAGGUACAGACUCUCACACCUGCACUGCUGGAGCUUUUGGUCAAUUUGCAACUGGCAUUGGCAUCACUGAUGCCGGCUUCAUAUCGGGCUCAGGGAAGAUCUUGCUCAAGGUGCCUCCAACUCUGAGAUUUGUACUGGAUGGUGAAAUGCCUGAUUAUUUAUUGGCUAAGGAUUUAAUUCUACAAAUAAUUGGUGAAAUAUCUUUGGCUGGUGCUACUUAUAAAUCUAUGGAGUUUAUGGGUACAACCGUUGAAAGCUUAAAUAUGGAAGAGCGAAUGACAUUGUGUAACAUGGUUAUUGAAGCCGGGGGAAAGAAUGGUGUGGUCCCCGCUGAUACUACGACAUUUAAUUAUCUUGAGGAUAAGACAUCUUUGUCCUAUGAACCAGUUUAUAGUGAUGAGCAAGCAAGAUUCCUUUCUGAGUACAGAUUUGAUGUCUCCAAGCUGGAGCCUCUGGUGGCAAAGCCUCAUUCUCCUGAAAAUCGUGCUUUAGCAAGAGAAUGCAAAGAUGUGAAAAUAGACAGAGUAUAUAUUGGAUCUUGUACUGGUGGAAAAAUGGAGGAUUUUCUAGCAGCAGCCAGAGUCUUUCUUGCUUCAGGCAAAAAGGUCAAAGUUCCCACAUUCCUUGUCCCUGCUACCCAAAAGGUUUGGAUGGACUUAUAUACUCUCCCAGUACCAGGAUCUGGUGGCAAGACUUGCUCCAUGAUAUUUGAAGAAGCUGGUUGUGACACACCUGCAAGUCCUGGUUGUGGUGCUUGUAUGGGUGGCCCAAAAGACACUUAUGCACGCUUGAAUGAACCUAAGGUCUGUGUCUCGACAACAAAUAGGAACUUCCCAGGAAGAAUGGGACACAAGGAAGGCCAGAUCUACCUUGCUUCACCAUAUACAGCUGCUGCAUCUGCAUUGACUGGUUAUGUCACUGAUCCAAGAGAGUUUCUGCAGUAGACCAUUAAAGGCUGUAUUUAAUCACUUAAAUAUUUUAUUAUUAGUAUUUUCUACAUCUUAUGAUAUAAGAUUCCUUCAUUCAAGUGUCUUUCUAGAUUGAGCUUAAAUCUCAAGAGUCUCACUGCAUCGAUUCA